CGCAAAGCGCGGGCGGCGGGCUCCGGGGGCGCGCCAGCGAACUUCUCGAGCUCGCGUCGCUGGCGUGCGCUGCCCCGCGGGCCCGAGCGCGCGCCUGACCACCACUGCUCCGCGGGUGCUGGGCAUCCCAGGCCAGCGAUGGUCCUUAGCCCAGCGGCAGCCGGGACCUCGGCCCUGGGCCCCACCCUGAGAUACUUCACUUGGGAGGAGGUGGCGCGGCGCUCGGGGCGCGAGAAGGAGCGAUGGCUAGUGAUCGAGAGGAAGGUGUACAACAUCAGCGAAUUUGUCCGCCGGCACCCUGGGGGCUCCCGGGUCAUUAGCCACUACGCGGGGCAGGAUGCUACGGAUCCCUUUGUGGCCUUCCACAUUAACCAGGACCUUGUGAGGAAGUAUAUGAACUCUCUCCUGAUUGGAGAGCUGUCUCCGGAGCAGCCCAGCUUUGAGCCCACCAAGCAUAAAGAGCUAACUAAUGAAUUCCGGGAACUGCGGACCACAGUGGAGCGGAUGGGGCUCCUGAAAGCCAACCACCUCUUCUUCCUGCUGCACCUGCUGCACAUCUUGCUGCUGGAUGUCGCUGCCUGGUUCACUCUUUGGAUCUUUGGGACAUCCUUUGUGCCCUUCCUCCUUUGUGCAGUGCUUCUCAGUACAGUUCAGGCCCAAGCUGGUUGGCUGCAGCAUGACUUUGGGCACCUGUCGGUCUUUGGCACCUCUAUGUGGAACCACCUGCUACAUCAUUUUGUGAUUGGCCACCUGAAGGGGGCCCCUGCCAGCUGGUGGAACCACAUGCACUUCCAGCACCAUGCCAAGCCCAACUGCUUCCGAAAAGACCCAGACAUCAACAUGCAUCCCCUCUUCUUCGCUUUGGGAAAGGUUCUUUCUGUGGAACUUGGAAAACAAAAGAAAAAGUACAUGCCCUACAACCACCAGCACAAGUACUUCUUCCUGAUUGGGCCCCCAGCCUUGCUGCCGCUCUACUUCCAGUGGUAUAUUUUCUAUUUUGUUAUCCAGCGGAAGAAAUGGGUGGACUUGGCCUGGAUGGUCACCUUCUAUGUCCGCAUCUUCCUCACUUACAUGCCGCUGCUGGGGCUGAAAGGCUUCCUGGGUCUUUUCUUCAUUGUCAGGUUCCUGGAGAGCCACUGGUUUGUGUGGGUGACACAGAUGAACCACAUCCCCAUGCACAUCGAUCAUGACCGGAACAAGGACUGGGUCUCCACCCAGGUCCAGGCAACAUGCAACGUCCACCAUUCUGCCUUCAAUGACUGGUUCAGUGGGCACCUCAACUUCCAGAUCGAGCACCACCUCUUCCCCACAAUGCCCCGACACAAUUACCACAAAGCGGCGCCCCUGGUGCAGUCCCUAUGUGCCAAGCAUGGCAUAGAGUACCAGUCCAAGCCCCUGCUCACAGCCUUUGCCGACAUCGUCCAGUCACUGAAGGAGUCUGGGCAGCUCUGGCUGGAUGCCUAUCUUCACCAAUAACAACAACUCCUCCCCCUCCAUCUAGAAGAGGAAGAGGACAACUCUGGAGCCAAAGCAGAAAGGAACUUGUGGGGCAAUGCUACUGAUUCUCA